CGAGCAUUCGCCGGCGAGCGCUCGGUGAGUUCGGUGUAGAGAUAUUUUGUCGCACAUUGUCACGUAUCGUCGCUCGCUUUCAUUCGCGUAUACUUUCAUCAGUGAAUUUUCCCUUGUCUCGUCGCGCGUAUCAUUAGCACGAUAAAGAAUCCUACACGAACAACGGUGAACCACAAUUUUAGUCGAUCAAAUUGUGAAAUUCUUCGUCGAGUAAAUUUGUUGUCACAAGUGGAAUACCAGCGUGUCAGCGCACUGGCCCGCAUGUUUGCUCGCGGUGUGACCGGAAUCUGCACGUCCGCCAAAAUUAUUGUCGCCGUGGUCCAGAAGAUGCAGUAACGUCGCGGUAGCCCGUGGAAAGUGAAGUUUUCGAAAGGAAAAAGGAGAGAAAUCGAGGGACAGAAAGUGGCAUUUUUUUGUUUGACUGUCCAGCGGCCAACAACAACGUCUCAGUAGGAGACUCUCGACGAACGUUGUUCAUCAUCGCCACGCUUCAAGCGAGCGCGAAAAAGUCGAAAUUUCGAGGGAUGCUCGUGGCGACGUACGGUGCAGGAUCCUGGAAGUUCGUAGACGGCGAUGAGCGAAGGAAAUUCAGAGAUCGUGUUUUAUCUGUUGCUCGGCCGAUAAUAUACGGCAGCUCUCUCGGUUUCGUGGUUGCAUACUCGUUUAAAUUGGCUGUCACAAUUUGAGACCGCGUGAAGAUUGUAAAUCGCAGUCGAGCCAGUGAAUCGCAUUCGAGAGCGACGUUUCGAAAGAUCGAUGUGUCGUCGAUGUGUCUUAAAAAGGUUGCUCUUACUCAACUCCGUUUUAUCGCACCAUUGGGGAGCGAGCGCGUGCUUGGAAUGAAUGCUGCGUUUUCAACCUAUGCUGUGUGAAGUUGUCCCUGCGGUUUGAACGUGAUUAGUGGACGUGCUACGAGUUGCGAGCAAUCGAGCGUCAUCGAUUGCUUUGUGAAUAAACAGAAACUUCGUACAAAGAUAGUGGAACUGAGGUGUACAAACCAGACGACCAAUCUUCGUUUCUUGGAGCCUUCGAUUUUUGUUGACUCGUUAUAAGUAUACAAGGAAAUGCUCGCGUUACUUCGUGAAGGUCGAGACAAAGAUUAGACACGGUAUUUUUUUAUCUGUGAACAAAUAUUACACUUUUCGAGAGUUGCUUGAUGACGUGUUCUUCGUGUCUGUAAACAUUUAUUUGCAAUAUUUUUCGUCCUGCAUACGCGUAAUGUGAAUGAACCUUGACUCGAUAGAAACUACAGAUCGAGUGAAAAGCAAUACGAACAGUGUUAAUCGGAUAGUGUAUGAUGUGCAAGCGGGGUUCGAAUAACACCUAACAUCUACGUCUGAUGACAAACGUGAACAGGAUCAGGGUGGUCGUCCUCGGCGGCCCCAGAGUCGGGAAAUCAGCCGUGGUGGUGCGAUAUUUGACGAGGCGAUACAUCGGCGAGUACAGCUCAACCAGCGAUUUCCUGUACCGGCACAGCGUUACCAUCGAUAACGUUAGUACCGAGGUCGAGAUACUGGACACAUCCAGGUGCGAGGAAAAUGGGUGUCUAUACUCUCACAUACGAUGGGGCGAGGCUUUCGUUGUGGUUUACAGCGUGACGUGUAAACGAAGUUUUCAAGAAGCUCGUGGAUUGCUAAAGCAACUGGCUGACUUACGUCUGCCAUCCUAUUUCACUGCUCUGUUGCUCGGCAACAAGAGAGAUCUGGAUCAUGCUCGCGAGGUGUGCGUGGACGAGGGCCAGCAGUUGUCGCUGGCGCACGGAUGUCAGUUCUACGAGGUGAGCGCGGCGGAGAGUCCCGCGGGAGCGGCACUCGCGUUCCAGGCGCUCCUCCGAGAGGCAAGGUCCGUGCAGCUGCUGAGAGCGCUGCCGAUACGACGGAAGUUGGGCGUGCACUCGGUCUCGAGGGUGCUCGGCACGAUUUUCGGCAAGAACACGACGAAAGAUCGGAAGAAGAGGCCCUCGUUGAGCAUAUGACGCCUCCUCUGCGCCCUCCUCCUCGGAGGUCGUGACGAACCCGACAAGAGGAACGACGUGGUUGUUCUCACCAGCAACGUCUACUCCAAUCGUUGACGAGAGGACAUCUCGAGAAAUCGUCUGACCAACGUGAAAACCAGUCAGUCACACAGCGACUUGAUCCUCCUCUCCGUGAAACAGGAGAAUUAUGCUUUCGGUGUUCUCUGGACGCGACACGCGGUUCUUCGUUCCUGUUCGAGAUCCUCCGAGCCGGAGGAACGUUCGAACGUUGUCUGGCGAACAGGUAAAGGAGAAAGGUAUACAGUAGAAUUUUUGUUUGUUUAUUGAAUCGAAGGAAACGUGGGUGAAAGUAUUCGUGCGAGUAAUCGAGGUUUCUGUGAUUAAUUGGACAGCGUCUGUCGUAGCGUGUUCGAAAAGUUUACAGACUGAUGAAA